AAUUAGUAUGUACGUCAAGGAAAAUUGAAAAGGCGGAAGUCCAAGUAUUUGGAUAACGAACACGAGAAUAUUAUAAAUUAAAAAAAGGGAAAAACAAUUUAUAUAUAUAUGAUAAAAAGUGGGGGAUAAAAAGUUGUGCUUGUAAGGGGAUGCGCAUGGCUUUAAAAUGAUGAUAAAUAUGGCGCAGCGUGGGUUUUAGUUCUGGUGAGGGCGCCAGCCUGCUCGCUCUGGUUAAACUACCCCAAGCUGUAUCAUCUAUCCCCCGCCGUUCACCACCUCUUUUACGUGUAUUAUAUCCCGGCUGGUGCGGACCAAAGUGCCACCACUACCCCCCAUAUACAAAGAGACAUUCUUACUCUCUGCUACAGCACCUUCAACUCAGCUGCUGUUGCAGAUUGAUAAAAUCUCUUAACCAUAAGCAUACACACAACAAUAUAUAUUUAUAUAAUAAUUUGAAAAUUCAUCAAGACAUUUAAUAUAUUAUUUAUAAAUUUAAUUAAAAAAUUUAUAAUUGUGCUAUUCUAAUUAUCUAUACAAAGUUUUUUUAAACUUUUAACUUUUAAUUUAUAAUUUUUACUUAAUUUUUUUCAUAUAAUUGAAAUGUAACUUUAAUGUGUCAGUGAAAAUUAAUUAUAUUUGUGAUUAUUUAUUAGCUUUUCUUCUUCAUAACUGUGUAGUAUUUUUAUAUUUUUAUUUUUCAAUUUUAUCAAACUGGUGAUUGUUAAAUAUAUAUUUUCAUAAAAAUUCUUGAAAGUGCCUGAAGAUAAUUGUUAAAAAGAAAGAAAAAAAAUUUUUUUUUUUUAAUUAAACGAAAACUCGGUCUAUACAGAAAAGUCAAUGGCCUCAUGACAACUUUCAUUUUGAGCCUAAAAAAAGAGGGUAAAUAAAAACAUAAUUUUCAUCUUUUUAUUUUUUUUCUUUCCAUAAUAAAAAUGAAGCUUUAAAUGUCUUAAGAUAAAAUAUGAACAAACAAGCUUUCUUAUAACAAAAAAAAACACAGUAAAAUAUUAAAAACUAGACUGAAAUAAAUACAUAAAAAAAAAUCAUUUACGAGUUGUAAUCAAAAUAGAAAAAAAGUGCAUUAAAAAAAGUAAAUUUUGUCCAAGUAUAUAUAAAAGUGAAGUGUUAAGUGAGGUAUAUAUUGUGAUAGAUAAAAAGAGAAAAAUAAAUAGAUAAAAAAAAAUAAUAAAACAAAUAAAAAAAGUGCGCGAGGAUUUAUGUGAAUAAAAAAAAAAGACGUGGGAGCACGAGGAAAGCUCAUUGGGGGCAGGGGGUAAUAGAAGAAGAGGAGUAAAAAGAGAAGGACGACGAAGCUGUGGACAAAGUGGAGAACGACGUGGAGAAGAAGAAAAAAAAACUAUAAUAAAAAUACAGUUAAUAAGAUACAACAAUCAACGAUUGUUUCAAUUGAAUGUAACGGAAGGUCAACAUAAAAGGAAGAUAAAGGAAGAAAAAACCAGUGAAGUGUUAUUAAAUAUCAAGAUAAAAUAUAUUCAAACAAAAAGCAUUAUAUUAACUUUAUUAUAAUAGUAUAAUAACUGUGCAUCUACUUGAUUGGUAAUGAAUAAUUAAAAGAUUGAAAAUUUUCUAGAAAAAUUGAAAUAAAAAAAAAAAAAAAAUAAGAAAAUUUAGAUAAAAUUGGCUAUUGUUUAUAUUCCAUUAUAAAUUUGAUGUAUUUAUAUUGUGAUUGUCAUUUGUUUUAUUCAAUAUACCAUUGUUGUAUAUAUAUAUAAAAGUAUUCCCAUCACGUCUAGCCACAAAUUAUCAAAAAGAACAAAAGAACUAAAAUAAUAAAAAAAAUAACAAAAACAAGAAAGAAAAAAUAUAAUAUACAUAUAUAUACAAGUACGUGCGUCGAUGCCAAGAUAAAACUGCGUUAAAAAGAAAAAAAAAUAAAACAGAAUAAGUAAAAAAAAAAAAAUAAAAUAAAGUUCAACUUGAAGCAAUCGAUUUUCAAAGUUGCGGUUAGAUACUUGUAUUAUUCGCGUAGGUGGAAACAAGUAGUGUGUCUCAAGUGAAAAAUCUCAAUAUUUAGUCAGCCAUAUAAAAAUAAAAAUAAUAAUAAUAUAUAAAAAAAAUUCAAAAUAACGUUAAUUAAUAAAAAUUUAAAUAAUAAAAAAAAUUUAUUAAUUAAAAAUAUUAAAAUUAUUAAUAAUAAAAAAAAAAUUAAAGAAAAAAAAAAAAAAAAAAAAUUUAUUAAAAUGGCUAAACAAAUGAUUUGGUUACUUGGUUAUAUAAGUCUUGGUUUUGCAUUAACACUCGGCAAUCGUCCAUCAAGCAUUAAUACAAAUAAUAAUAUUAAUAAUAAUAAUAAUAAUAAUAAUAAUAAUCAACGUUCACAAACAAAAAUUGGUAGAUAUGAUGUCCACUAUCCACGAUCAACUGUUGGUGGAAUGAUUGUUGCAUCAUCAUCAUCUCUCAUAAAUAAUAAUAUUAAAAAUAAUAAUAAUAAUAAAAAUCAUGAUUCAUCAAAUACUGUGCAUGAUUAUCGAUAUGAUAAAUACAGUAGAUAUGGUUAUGGAAGAGACGAAUCAAUACCAUAUGAUGUACCACCUGAUUGGUAUGAAAAAAAUUAUAAAAAUAAAUAUAUUAAUAGUAAUAGUAAUAGUAAAAAUAAUAAUAAUAAUAAUAAUUUAUGGAAUUUUUCAAAAUUACGUAAUGAUGAUUUAUCAAUAUUACAUGAUAAUUAUGAUAAUGUUAUUAUGGAUAAAUUAUCAAGUGCAGUAUUAAAUAAUUAUUAUCCAAAAAAACAACAAAAAAAUAAAUUAAUCAAUAGUCAUAGUAAUAUAGUUAAUAAUAAUAAUAAUAAUAAUUUGGAUAAAAAAUUGAGAGACAAUGAAAGACUUGCAGGAACAAGUUAUCAUGAUAAUAUUAUCAAUGUAAAUGAUAAUGAGCUUCCAGUUAAAUUAAAUAAUAAUAUUUUGAAAAAAAAUAAAUUAUUAAUUGAUAAUAAAAAUAAUGAUUUGAUGAUUGAUUUGACUGAUGAAAAAUUACCGCUCAAAGAUACAUCAUCAUGGAAUAUUGAUAGUAUUGAUAAAUAUAAUAAUAAUGAUUAUUAUUAUAAUGAUAAUCCAUGGAAUGAUGAUGAUGAUGAUGAUUCAAGAUCGCACAACGAAGAUUCAUUUAACAGAAAAUUACGUAAACGUAAUCAUUUACCAGAUGGAAGAAGAAGAAAUUCAAAUGGUAAUUUACAUCAAAAACAACAACAGCAACAAAAGCAACAACAACAACAACAGCAACAACCAGUUUCAUCACCUUCAUUGACAUCAUUACCUGCAGCUGUUGGUGGCAUGGCAUCACAAUUUAUGCUGAGGGCUGCUCGUGGCAAUCGACAGUAUGAUGUACCACAAAUUGAGUGUCCGUCUUCCGAGGACGGAAUGGAGAGAUUUGCCUGUCCAACGCCAGAUAGAAUGGGCAGAUAUCGUUGUAUUGAUGAUCAUGUAUUAUGUGACGGUUUCAUUGACUGUCCGACGGGUGAAGAUGAAGAUCGUCAAGCCUGCAUGUUUUACAAAACUACGAAGGCGCAUUUGGAUGUACUAGCAGACGCUCUCUUGCGAUGGGUCAGAGGCCGCUAAGAUACCUCUCUUGUUCUACAGAAAUAAUAUAUAUAUAUUCAUAUAUAUAUAACAAAAAAAAAUAUAUAAAUUAAUUCAUAACAAAAUGCACAGAAAAUGAAAAAAAAAAAAUUAAACAAAAAAUUAUAUAUACUUCUUUGCCAUAUUUAAAGUCAAUAAUUAUAAACUCGAUUAAUUUAUUCUAUAUAAAUGGUUUUGUUAAUUAAUUAAAGUAAUUAAGAAAAAAAAAUAACAAAAAAUUAACAAGAUUAAAUUAUUAAUCAGUUCAAAGAUAAUCGAAAUCACUACAAACCCUUUUUAUCAUAUUUUUUUUUUUUUUUUUUUUUUUUUCAUUUAUAACUCGAUUAAGUACCUAUUUUUUUUUUUUUUUAUAUAUACCCUGUAAAUGGUUGGCAAUAUGAAUAAAUAAAUGAGAAUGAAAAGCUUAAAAAUUACAGUGGAAUCAAACUCGACGAUAUUACAAAACUUUAUGGAUAUAAAGAUUGUACAAUGAAAUUUUUAUUUUUUUUUAUUUCAACUAUAUUUGAUUGGUACUAUUAUUAUUAUUAUUAUAUUAAAUUGAUUAUAAUAUUUAAUUGGCUUGUAGCAAUUUAUUUUAUUUCGCUGGUUUAUUUUUUUUUGUAUAUCAUUUUUUUAUAUAAAAAAUAAAUAACAAGUAGAAUAAAAAUAAAUUGGAAAAAUAUAUUCAACUUUUUAAAGUUAACUUGAUAAUUGGAUGAAUGGAUUAAUUUUAAAUUUGUGUAUGUACUUUUUGGAUAGUAAAAAUUCUGGUAGUUUUUUUUUUAUAUUUUUUUUUUAUUUUAGUUUUUUUUUUUCAAUCGUAAAUAUUUAUAUUUGGGAAAGGGAUGGGCGUCUGAACGGCUAAACUGAGACAUCAAUUUUUCAUGAUUUUUAUAAAUUCUCGUUUUUUUUUUUUUUAAAUAAUAUAUUUUAUCCCUUACGUAACUGCAUCCCAGAGGCAACGACCCGGGAAUUUUCGAUCGACUGCAGCAGUUUGCCUAUAUGCACCCCCCCAACUCUCAAUAAUUUUUUAACCCAGUAUUUUUGCCAUUUUGCCAGAAGCUAUAGUUUUACCUCUUGUCACGAUACUUUGCCCUCAUAACCAAAUAAUUUUUUUUUUUUUUCAUUUUAUAUUAAAUAAUAAUAA